UACUUCGCCGUUUCUCUAACCCACACAAUACACUCAAAACACAAAACAAAAUUAGCAUCCUCUUCCUCUGCUCACUCUGCCGCCGCUUCCGCCACCGGUCAUUCCACCGCUUCGCUUCCAGUUCCUCCGCCACUGCUAGUGCCGUGUGCGUCCUUUCCGCUUCCUCUUCCUUCCACUUUCAUAGUUUUUUUCCUUCUCUUGGCUAUAUAUAAAGAUAAUGGCAUCGUCAAAUAUUGGAGACAUUUUAACAGCAUUUAGUCCUGCUUUAGACUAUCUCGCAAUCAGUUCAGGAGACGGUCGCAUAAAGAUUUGGGACACUAUUAAAGGACAGGUGCAAACUGAGUUUGCAGAUAUAGCAUCGUCAAACAAUGACCAUUUCUAUAUUAGACCUGAGAGAGGUCACCUUUCACUUGAUUAUACAUGUAUGAAAUGGUUGUCCUUGGAUAGAAAGAGGAAAAGGAAGCUAGGAAGUUCAAUACUGGUUUUAGGAACAGGAAGUGGUGAUGUUUUAGCACUAGAUGUCUCUGCUGGUCAAUUGAAGUGGAUGGUUUCUGAUUCUCAUCCUGGGGGUGUUAGUGCUAUUUCAUUUUCUGAAAGUGACUCAUGCAUUUACACUGCGGGUGCUGAUGGAAUGUGUUGCAAAAUUGAUCCACUAACAGGAAACAUGUUGGGGAAGUUUAAAGCUUCCACAAAGGCUAUAUCUUCUAUAUCUGUUUCACUCGAUGGGAAAAGCAUAGCAACUGCAGGGGCUCAGUUGAAGAUUUUCAAUUGUUCUGAUCACAAAAAGAUACAGAAAUUUUCUGGUCAUCCAGGAGCUGUUCGUGCCAUGAUCUUCACUGAAGAUGGCAAGUAUAUUAUCUCGUCUGCUGUUGGUGAAAGAUAUGUUGCAUUAUGGAGAACUGAUGGUGGCAAAAAGAAGUCCGCGAGCUGUGUCCUUGCAAUGGAGCACCCUGCUGUAUUUCUUGAUAGCAAGUGCAUCCAAAAUGAGGAAGUCGAUGAUUUAGGGCUCUGUGUCUUGGCAAUUUCUGUAACUGGUGUUUGUUAUACAUGGUAUGGAAAAAGCAUAGAGGAGUUACAAAAUGCAAAACCUACAAAAAUUGCACUAUCUAGCGAUGAUCAUUUUUCCAGAAAUCGAAAGGGUGGAAUACCAAUGAUAUUUGCUGCAAAAGUACAAGGCAUUUCCAAACCUACGGCUACAGAUGUGUUUAUUGCCUAUGGCAUGCUGGUGAAACCUUUGUUUCAGAAAAUAGUAGUGCAUUCUGGCAUGGACUUGAAGUUGGAUAUUUCUCAAGAUGGAGUUCUUCUACCUAUGAACCGGUCUAGAAUUAAAUCUAAGAAAGGGAUAGAUGUACGAAACAAAGUGACUGCACUAGACCGUGCAAAUGUGGAGGAUGCCUCACUUCCUAUGCCAAAAGUUUCAGAUUUUCACGUGCAAAGGAUGAGCGAUAAAACUGUUAGCAUCGAGACUGAUGAUGUCAUGGCAGAUUUGAUGGAUGCAAGUAGCCAACCUGAGUCUAUGGAGGACAAAGAUGGCCAUUUACAAAUUGAUUCUGCUACAACUUCUAUGGAGAAGCAGUUGAGAUUAUUAAAAAUACUUGGCAGUAAUGACGAUAGUACAAUCCUUAGCAGUAUUGAUCUUGAAAGUAAUAUUCCACAAAAGAAGAUGAGGGCAGCUGUUUUGUCGAUGGAACCUAGCAACGCAUCCAAGUUACUGGAAGCGUUGGUGACCAAAUGGCAAUCCAGGUCUUGUAGUGGAAAGUAUGUUCUUCCAUGGAUCUAUUCUAUAUUGGUCAAUCACGGCCACCAUAUUAUGGCCCAGGACAGAUCAGAAACCCAGAUGCUUAAUUCUUUAUUUAAGCUCACCAAAUCUAGGGGGGUGGCUAUUCAAUCUUUAUUGCAAUUAUCAGGCCGUUUGCAGAUUGUAACUGCACAGAUCGACAAAGCUGCCCUAAAUAAAACUCAUGUUCUGGUGCAUGAUCACCAAAUGGAUGAUAGUGAAGAUGACGAUGAAGACAAUGUUGAAGAGCAUCUUUAUAGAGAAGAUGACGAUGAGUCCCAACUAAGUAGCGAUGAUAAUAACUAGAAGGAAAAUCUCUGUACCAGAUUGAUAGAUCAGUUUCCUAGCGGAAUAUUAUUCGGGGAAGCUUCAAUUUUUUCAUUAACCCGUCCACAGAUUCUGGGAUAUAUAACCGAGAGCUUUUAUCCUCCCUACGGUGCAUCAAUACUGUUCUCCUUUCCAUGCUUAUUUUCACUUGCUCAUCCCUUUCGUUAUGAAUUUAAACUAUAGUUAUCAGUGGGUUGGCUUCUUUAUUUUAAAUUUAUGUGUUGCCUAUAGUUUUUAUACAAGUGCAAGAAUAUGGGAUAUAGACUAUAGUCAUCUUAACCUGGAAAUGGCAAGAAAUUUUGUCCGUCUAGAGCCUUUAUUCCGGUGUCGCGUUUAAUAGUGUACUGAUAAGUAACCCUUUAGCUUUUGGUCUCCAAUGUCAUUAUGUGAUAACGGUAGCGAUUCUCAAUUUUACAAGUACCAUAUUUGUUACAGUAUUUCGGAAA